AUGCCUAAAAACAGUAAAAGUUUUAAAAGAGCACAUGUUACUGCAAAGAUAACAAAUGCAUGGUCAAGUGUAGAUUCAGGUUUAGUAGCUCAUUCAUUCAAAUGUUGUAGUAUUUCACUCACUAGAGAUGGAUCUGAAAAUGAUCAAAUCUUUGAUUAUGAUCAUUUAUUUGAUCCUAAUAAUAACAAUGCUGCAGAUGAAGGUUUUAGAAGACAAGAAAAUAUUUUUGAAAAUGAUGAUCUUGGCUUUAAUGAAGAAUUAAAUUACAAUGAAAAACCAGAAUAUGAUGUCAAAUAG